GAAUUGUUAUUCAAAUUCGACUCUCGAAUCUAAAAAUACACUAAGAAAUCGCGCGUCUGUAAAUAUUGUGAAGCGAGCAGCGAUUCUGAACAAAAAACGAUAUGAAACAUAAGCAACCAAGGUUUUCUCUGAAGCUUGCGCGUUUAAAAAUAAUUAUUUAUUGAAUAUACGGCACUAUUCAAUGGCAACAUUAAUUAUAGAUACAACUUUCUUUACUUUUGUCACAAUUUAUAACCAAUAGUGUCCAGUCAGACACUUCACAUACAUUACUAGUCAAUUUUUGGUCUCGCCCCUCCUGCUGUUUGAUCAAACUCUAAGGGCCUUUACAGCUCAGCUCAGGCUGUUUUGGCGAGCGUUGCUCGGCCUGAAAUAGAUUAUAGUUAUAGCAGCAUGAUAUGUUUUUACAUAUUUGAUAUUAUAAUCAAGCGAUACAUUAUAAUAUUGUGAGGCACAUAAAGUAGCGAAUGUAGUCACUCCAAUCAUGAAAUCUUCUAGAUGCAGCGAUAACUAAAUAAAUCGAAUCUGUGGCCUCUUCAUCUGUGGACUUGACGUUUCGUCAGAAACUCAGAAUGAAAAGCGCGCGAAUCUUUUAGUUGCUACUUGCUACAAGUUUUGAAACAAUUUUUAAACAGUUAAGUAUAUUCUAAUCUUAGAGCACACAACAAUCAUGGAUUUUAAAAUAAAGAGGAAAUCUACAAAAUCUGUUAUAGCAGGAGGGCUUUUAGAGACUUAUCCGCAUGAUCUCCAAAUGUAUAAACUCCCACCUGUCGGAGACAUUAGCUUACAGGAAUUUGAAACUCUAGCUUUGGAAAGACUAACAUUGUUAAGAUGUUUAGCAACUGCAACAACAUUAAAGGGAUUGAGAUUAUAUUCAGAAGAAUGGUGCGAUUUUAUUUUGGGUGAUUUAAAAAGCCAAGGAUUAAAAUAUUAUGUCAAACUUUGUGAAAAGUCAGGUUGCAGUACCCAAGACGUAGAUUUACAAGCACGGCGAAAGGACCAUAUUGCUCACUUUAUCCUGAGGCUUGCUUAUUGCAGAACAGAAGAAUUGCGGAGAUGGUUUAUUUCUAGAGAAAUAGAGCUAUUUCGAAUGCGUUUUAUGACUAUGAAAGGUGAUUCUGUAGAUAAUUUUUUUACUAUUAAUAAUUUAUGCUACACUAAUAUAUCCGAAGAAGAAAAAGAUGAACUUAUUAUAAAUUUACGAGAGUCAACACACCAUCCAAACAUUGAUAAGAUGAAAUUUUACAAGGUAAAAUUUUUUGAAGUACUUGAUUUGGUAAAAACAAGAAAAGUAUACUUAAAGGAUGGGUAUGCAUAUAUUCCACAUAAAGACUUUAUAUCCGUAUUGUCAGCACAAUACAGAGUCCAUUUAAGACAGAGUCUUGCUAUUGCAUGUCACCAUCUUGGUGAGGUAGAACAAGAUGAAAGGUUAGUAUCUUUAUUAAAAGGAUUACAUCAAUCAUAUACUGGCAAUGAUUACAGUGACUCAAAGUCUGUUAUUCCUAUAGAAAGUCUUGAUACAUUGUCUAUAAAGUCUUUUCCACUUUGUAUGCGUCAACUACACGAGUUCCUUAGAUCGACACAUCAUCUUAAACAUGGAGGCAGAUUACAAUAUGGAUUAUUCUUAAAAGGAAUUGGUGUGACGCUGGAAGAUUCUCUUAAAUUCUGGAGACAAGAAUUUACCAAAGUUAUGGAUUUAGAUAAGUUUGAAAAACAAUAUUCUUACAAUGUAAGAUAUAACUAUGGUAAAGAAGGAAGUAAGAAGAAUUAUUCACCAUUUAAUUGUUUGAAAAUAAUAAACAAUAAUGUGGGCCCUGGGGAAUGCCAUGGGUGUCCCUUUAAACAUAGUGAUGCAAAUGUGUUAAAAAAUAAACUGAAAGGUUAUGGAUUUGAACAACAAGCUCUACACGAUGUGGUUGAUUUAGCAAAACGAGGCCAUUACCAAAUAGCCUGCAGCAAGUAUUUUGAUGUGGUACAAAGUUGUAACAUUGGUUUAGGUAUUAAUCAUCCCAACCAAUAUUUCGAAGAGAGUCAGAAACUACUUAAAGGAGAUAUAAAAUCAGAACCCAAAAAGGAUAUUAAACCAAUUAUAAAGGAUGAGAUAAAUGACAUAGAAGAAAUGGAUUUUGAUGAAAACUUUAAAUGAAACUAGUUUUUAAUAAAGAUUAUUUGUCUU